UCCGUUCUCUCUCUCUCUCUGUCCCUCUCUCUCUCUAUCUCUCUCUCUCCCCUGUUUUUUCUAAUUUUUCGCGAAUAUUUGUUUUUUCCCUGAAAAUUCUGUUCGAAAAUUUUCCCGAGAAAGUUUCCCGGCGACUUCUUUUUUCUCUUUCCGGAGAUGAAGCUUGCGGAGGAAGAGAUAGAGUACGUCGAGAAGGAGGAGGAGGAGGAGAUUGAGAUUUCCAGCGGCGACGAGGAGAACGACGGCGUAGAAGGCGGAGGCGGGGAGGACGGCGGCGGGGAAGAGGACGACGACGGCGACGACGACGAGGACGACGACGAGGACGACGGCGACGGCGAUGGCGAUGGGGAGGACGACGACGACGACGACGUGCAGGAGGUUUUCCCCGCUUCCGGUGGGCCCGUGGCGGUGGGCGGCGACAGCGACGACGAUGAGGACGACGACGACGACGACGACGACGACGCCGAGGGCGACGGCGGCGACGACGACGACGACGACGACGACGAGGAAGCUGAGGAUGAGGGAUUGGGAACUGAGUACCUAGUCAGGCCUGUGGGUCGUCCUGAGGAUGAGGAGGAUGCAAGUGACUUCGAGCCUGAGGAGAAUGGCGAGGAGGAAGACGCUGACGAAGAGGACGAGGAUGAAGACGAGGACGAUGCUGGUGGUAAGGUCGAGCCUCCGCCAAAGAGGAAGCGAUUGGACAAGGACAACUCUGACGACGACGAUGAUGAUGGGGGCGAGGAUGAUGAGAGACCUGCCAAGCGAUAGGCCCAAGGGCCCUUCGUGGUCUGAGCAAUGACUUUGACAUAUUGACUCUAUUUUCUCUCUCAAAACCCGAUCCUCUUUGCAGCAGGGAAAAAAGAUAGCUGGUUUUCAAUUGGAGUAAGCUUUUUCUUUUGGGUCGUUUGUGUAUCCUGAAAGUGCAUUAGGAUUACGAGCAUAACUCUUUGUACUGUCGAUGCAUAGUCCGCACGGGUUUCGACAAACUGUGUUGCAACAGCUGAUUUAGACAUGUGGCCCCGUGGGAGUUAGGAGAUUCGGCAAACAUUUCAUUGGACACAGUCAUGUUUUGUAGGUUUCUAUAAUUAAGAGUUCUCUGGUUAGGGUCUUUAAUCCUCAUUUUUAUGCGGUCUUUGAAUCUUUCGGCA